AUGGCUCCACAAACUACUACCAUUCCACCCACCACCACCGCUACUACUCCCUUCACAACUACCACCAAUCCAUCCAACUACUACUCCAUCCACAACUACCACCACUCCACCCACAAAAACCACCAAACUCCACCCACCUCAACCACUACUACUCCACCCAAAAUGACCACAACUCCAUCCACAACCAUAACUACUACUCCGCCCACAACUACCUCAACUCCACCCAUCAGCACCACAACUCCACCCAAAACAACCACAACUAAUCCACAAACAACUACCACCUCACCACCCACCACCACUAUUACUACACCAGCAACAACCUCAGCGCCACCCACCACAUUUACCACUCCAACUACCACAACCACAACUCCACCCAACACCACCAAAACUCCACCCACAACCACUACCACAACUCCAUCCACAUCCACCACUACUAAUCCACCGACAACUACCUCAACUCCACCCACCACCACCACUCUACCCACCAGCACAACUAUUCCACCCACAAAUACCACAACUCCACAAAUUAUAACCACCACUGUUCAACUUACAACUACCACCACUCCACCUUCCACCACCACUACUCCACCCACACCUACAACGACUCCAACCACAACCACUACUACUCAACCCGCACCUACAACAACUCUACCAACAACAGCCAUAAGAGACGAGGACCCGGCCAUCAAAACGUGA